GGCGGCGGCUGCGGAAAGUCCAUCGCCGUUCCUCCUCCUCCUGCGGCGGCGGCGGCGGCGGCGCGAGCGAGGACGGAGCGCGGCUUCGUCUUCAUGCCUCCAGCCUGGAUGCCCUAAUUUGACCCCCUUUCGCCUCGCCGGACAGCCAUGGGAGAUGGUUGGAUCUCUUCUUUCUACAGCAACCGGUCCAACUCCACGGCUCAGCUUGUCACCAGCAGCAGCGGGAACAGCUCCGCUGGGUCGCACCCCCCUGGCAGCCAGCCCCUACCUUCGGAGGAGCUAUCCCAGGAGUGGGUGGUGGGCAUGAGCCUGCUGAUGUCUCUGAUGGUGACCUUCAUCGUGGUGGGCAACGGGCUGGUGAUUGCCGCCAUCAGCCGGACGCAGAGACUGCAGACCCUCACUAAUGUCUUCAUCACCUCCCUGGCUUGCGCCGACUUGGUCAUGGGCUCCGUGGUGGUGCCCUUUGGGGCCACGCUGGUGGUGCGGGACUCAUGGCUGUGGGGCUCCUUCCUGUGUGAGUGCUGGACCUCAGUGGACGUCCUGUGUGUCACGGCCAGCAUCGAGACCCUGUGCGUCAUCGCUAUUGACCGCUACCUGGCCAUCACCUCACCCUUCCGCUAUCAGAGCCUCAUGACUAAAAAGCGAGCCAAAGGCAUCGUCUGCGUCGUCUGGGCCAUCUCAGCCUUGGUGUCCUUCCUGCCCAUCAUGAUGCACUGGUGGAGGGACAGGGGGCCCAAGGCCAAGGAGUGUUAUGAUGACCCUGGCUGCUGCGACUUUGUCACGAACAGAGCUUACGCCAUUGCUUCCUCCAUCAUCUCCUUCUACAUACCCCUGUUUGUGAUGAUUUUUGUCUACAUCAGGGUCUACAGAGAAGCGAAGGAGCAAAUGAAGAAGAUCGACAGGUGUGAGGGAAGGUUCUACAAUAGUCACCAGCAUCAGCUUCAGCCGGUUGCCCAGCACCUGCCCAUCUUGGGCAAUGGUCAAGUCAGUAGGAGGAAAACUUCCCGAAUCCUCGCUCUAAGGGAACAGAAGGCCCUCAAGACUUUGGGCAUCAUCAUGGGGGUCUUUACUCUUUGCUGGUUACCCUUUUUCUUGGUUAAUGUGGUCAAGGUCUUUAACAGAGGGCUUGUACCAGACCAGCUGUUUGUCUUCUUCAACUGGUUGGGCUAUGCCAACUCUGCCUUCAAUCCCAUCAUUUACUGCAGGAGCCCUGAUUUUCGGAAGGCUUUCAAGAGGAUGUUAUGUUGUCCUAGGAAAGCAGACCGGAGGCUGCAUGCCAGUACUGGGGAACUUUCUCGUUACCCUGAGGGCUUCAUCAGUACUCUAGAAAAUGCUCCUCCAUGUACCCUUGGAGUGACGUGGUCUGAUUACAAUGGUGGUGCACAGGAUGGUAGUGAUUCCAGCCUAGAGGAAAGGAACAGUAAAACUUCCUACUCAGAAUCUAAGAUUAUGCCUGCAUGUUACAAGGCGCCCCAUCUUGGAACACUUUAUUCGCUCACAUAUAAAAGAUAACAGGGAAAUUAUUGCACCUUCCAGACAUAGAUUGGUCAAUGCCUAUAUUACACAAAUUUUGCUGCCCAAUUACUUGGGGGCUUUUUAAAAAUUCAGAUGUGUAUUGUAUCGCUCAAUUGAAUAAAAGGCACAGUCUGGUAGAUAUGCUGCCAUUGCUCCAAUUGUGCAGAAGAACCAUUGUAUACCUGGUUUGGCAGAGAGGGGUGAAUAGCAGAAGGACGUAAUCUCACUCCCUGCACCCAUCCUUUGAUGGCCAAUUGGUGCAUAUCUGGUUAUCAUUUUGGAGCACUGUAUCCACCUGAGGAUGCGUACAUGGAAACCUGCUUCCUUGCAUAUAGGCUGCACUCUGGACUGUCACAAAUUCCUUUAUAUUUUGCUACAUUGUUUGCCAUGCUGAUAUAAAGUUCAUUGGCAAGGGCUGAAUCCAUUCCUCCCAUCACCUGUAGCCUAGCUGUGUGAAUCACUGUGCUGGCAAAUACAUAUUUGGGAAUGGGCUGAGCAAACCUCUGACCAUAUAAUACUUUUGACUGAUGUUUAGGAGUGGGUGAAAAAUCGUAGUGAAGCAGAAUAGAUGCUGUAUCAGCAUUAUGAGUUGAUCCAGGGCAGAAGAACAGUAAGAAUUUGCAGGCACUGAUAUUAUGGCAAGUGAGCAUAGUGGUUAAGAGUAUAAGUGAUAAAUGGGGAAAUAGCUGGUUAUAGUUUAGUCUUGGACUUAAUGGACGGCCCAGGACAAGCUAAUCUCCCUCAAGCUAAGCACCACCACCUGAAUUAUAGCAACAGCAACGCUUUCCUGCCUUACAGGGCUGUUGACAGGAUUUUGGGCAGAAUACUUAUGCAAUACUUCCAGCGCUUGUUUAGUUUGUUUUUUGAAUGUUAUUUUGAUUUCUAUCCAUCCCAGUCCUGAGGGUCGGAAAUGGAACUGUGCCUCUCAAAGGGAUCAUUGGCUAGUUGCUUACAUUGGUACUUGUCCAGUCCCCAACCCUACCCAUUUUUACUUCGAAGUAUGUCCCACAGAGCUUCCAGAUAGGUGCAGGUAAUAUUAACAGAACUUAGCUCUCUGCUUUUCUAAGUUAGCCUUCCCCAGACUCAUACCCUUCACAUGGUUUGGUCUUCAAAGCUCCAGUUGGUCCCUGCUAGCAUAGCCAAUGGUCAGGUAUUCUAAGAGUUGUAGCCCAAAAUAUUUAGAGGGCACCAUGUUGGAGAAGGCUAAUCUAAGAGACAACACCUGCUUAACUCAGAAUAGGAGCUGGGUUUUAACCAUUGCUGCUUAAUAAAAGCUAUGUAAUGUAUGACAUUCAGUGCUGAUAAUUUAGUGUUAUUAAAAUGAGUGUGGUGAUAAAUGUAUAGGUUCUAUCAGACAUAUGGUUUCCAUGUGUACGGGAAAUAAAUGGCUAUUGGCGA